AUGGGAGACUCAGCUCGUACAGCAGCUGUCUCUAGAAAGACCAGUGAAACCGACAUUCAGGUUACUCUCACACUCGAUUGCAAUCCGGGACUGACGAAGCAAACUAUCGACGUUUCGACAGGGAUCGGAUUUCUGGAUCAUAUGUACACCGCGCUCGCUAAGCAUGGCCAUAUGAGUCUAACUAUGAAAUGCAAAGGGGAUCUAUGGAUAGACGAUCAUCAUACAGCAGAUAACGCUCUCGCACUAGGACAAGCGUUCCAUGAGGCUCUAGGUGAAGUUCGGGGUAUAAGGCGAUACGGAACCGGGUUUGCUCCCUUGGACGAGGCUCUUUCGCGUGUGGUAGUAGACAUUUCCUCCCGACCCUACUGCGUGGUCGAUCUUGGGCUCAAGCGCGAAAAAAUCGGCGAUCUCUCUUGUGAAAUGAUCCCACACGUAUUCCACUCGUUCGCUAUGGCUGCUGGCUUGACGUUGCAUGUCGAUUGUUUGCGCGGGGAGAAUGAUCACCACAGGUCCGAAUCGGCAUUCAAAGCCUUGGCGCUUGCCCUCAGAGAGGCAACAUCGAGGACAGGUGGCAACGAUGUUCCGAGCACCAAAGGAGUUUUGUAA